UCAGCAGAGUAACGCCCCCUCACUCUUAUACAAGACUUUUAUGAAACAUAUUCAGAGUAUAAACUGAGACACGGCUCCAGCAGCAGAGAAACCACAAACACUUCCAGCUUUUCCAGGAUCUUUAUUUAUUUUGUGGAAAUGCGUUUACACAGGUCAGAACAUUUGUUGGGGGCUGCUCUGUUUGUUCUGCUGGCUGUCCAUCAACAAUGUGUCUCAGCCGACCCUAACAUGUUGGCCCCACCAGAGGUCACGAUGCAAAACGGCACCAUGUAUGCAGCCUGCAAACUAAGACCCAUCAACUCACUGCCGGACGGCGUGCCCAGAGUGUACGGCCAUGUGCUGUUCAAACAGGAUCACCCGGACGGAAAACUCAAUGUCAUCUUCCGGCUCAAAGGUUUCCCCACGGAUGUCACUCCAGAGCCGCAAAGAGCCGUGCACAUCCACCAGUACGGUGACCUGGGCCAGGAAUGUAAAGCCUCCGGUGGCCACUACAAUCCGAGAGAUGAGCAUCAUCCAAACCACCCGGGGGACUUUGGGAACUUUCAACCCCAGGGGGGGAAAAUCCACAUGUUAAUGGAAUUGGAGGCUACGCUGUUCGGAGGGCUGUCCGUGAUCGGAAGAGCCGUGGUGGUGCACGAAAAGAUGGAUGACUUGGGCCUCGGUGGAGACGAGGGCAGCCUGCUGAAUGGAAACGCAGGUCGGAGGAUUGGCUGUUGUGUUAUUGGGAUUUACCCAGCCACUCUGUGGAAUAUGUAUCACGAGCAGCUUCAAAACAGUCUGCUGAGGGGGAAUUAGUGCCGCAGUCACGGUACAUACUGUAAAUCAUUUCACAGAUGUUGCCUUUGUGUUGUUUUCUGUGUCUGAUUAUCAAAUGUACUGAAAACGAAAAUAUUCUUAUGUCAAUGCCAUACAAUUUUGGUUGGAACAACAUUUUGGAUGGAUUGAAAAUAAAUCAGAUACAGAAAUUCA